GAUGAAUUGAAUGGCCCAGACUGGGAGGUACCUGCUCGAAGUUGGAACAUCGGAACAGUUGGAGGCCAGCUUGAAACAGGUACAUGAGCGUAAUACAGCAGCCCGUGGGACAAACGAGGUUGACAAGGGGAGAUAAGUCCAGAUUAGGGUGUUUGUGACAUCAGCAGCCAACAUGAGCACACAGCGGAGUAAGAAAAAGGAUAAAGAUGGAGUCUGUGGGCUGUUCUUUCUCCGCAAUAUCCUGACCAUCUUUAACAUCAUAUUCUGGUUUUCUGGAGCAACAUUCCUGGCUGUAGGUGUAUGGACGAUGGUUGCCAAACAUUCCUAUGUCAGCCUGUUGUCCAAUGACAUGUAUGCGACGACCACCUACUUGUUCCUUGCCACAGGGGGAUUCAUCAUUCUUGUCAGCUUCCUCGGUUGUCUGGGGGUCUGGAAGGACAGCAGAGUCUGCCUUGUCAUUUAUGCCCUCUUCUUGUUACUGAUAUUCCUGUUGGAAGCAAUAUCUGGAGUUCUGGCCUACAUGUACGAGGGAGCAAUAAGGGGAGAGCUGAGUAGAAAUCUCAAUGACACAAUGUUACAGAUGUACAAGAUAGAUCCUGACAAAACCAGGUCCAUAGACAGCCUACAACAUGAUUUUGCUUGCUGUGGGUCAAGGAGAUUUGAGGACUGGCAAUACAGUGAAUGGAUUUCCACAUUCAACACAAGCAACAUAGUUCCAGAUAGCUGUUGUAUCUCCUACCGUCUGAAGUGUGGUGAACGGGACCAUCCAUCCAAUAUCAACUCCCCAGCUUGUAUUGACAGACUGGAGGCAUAUCUUAAGAGACACCUGAUCAUUAUAGGAGGUAUAGGCUUAGGACUGUGUUGUUUACAGAUAUUUGGGAUUGUAUUUGCCUGCUGUUUGUCAAUGAAGAUCAAGGAGUUCAGGCAAUGAAGACCUUUCAGUGCUGUCUGUAUCUGAUGUGCCACACCCUUCGGCAUCCAUCAGACUAGCGUGACCAGAGGCAGUCCGUCACAUGUCCAUGUUGUUGUUACUAUAAAUAGUGCUGAAUUGAAGAGUGUGAUGCUGUGACAAUAAGAGAAGGUGGUGAGGUUGAGAAUGACAUUUGCGGUUCUGCUUAAAGUGUGCGCCGUAAUUAUUGAAUGACUUACGGCAGACUUGCAGUUUGGGGUUUUCACCAGUGAUGUGGAUGUUUCAAUGGCCAAUGGGCAGGAGACGUUCUUUGAUUGAAUUUCCUAAACAGGAUGGAAUUUAAAUGUUUUUUCCAUGUUUCAGGGUGGAAAUCCUGGUUCCCAUGAUUUUAGCGUUAAGAUGCACUCGUAUAUCCUUGCCCUUUAAACACAUGUGAUUUUUAUUCAUCUAGUCACUGCCUAGAAAUUGACUUUGUUGGAAUAUCAUGUGAUACAUACCCCUGUCCAAGAUGGCUGCAAUGCCUGACUGUUAAAAUAGAUCACGUUGGUUGUUCACUGUUAUAUAGUUACUAUGACUUGGUGUUGAUGAAUAGUAUGACUUCAAGUUAAAUUCAGCUCCAAUUUAGUCAGUCAUAAACAUGUAUAAUCUUGUGAUGUAAUCACAAAGACUGUUUAACAGGAAGAAUCACAUUCCAGAUAUUUAAAGUUUUAUUAAGUUGUACAUUCCUUAAAGUAGUUGAUAAGAAUAUUUUUGGAAAAUGAACACUUUAGUUGUGUAGAUCAUGAUGAAUAUUUACAUAUCAUGGGGCUAUCUCCCUUUGUGCCCCUUACACAAGAAUAUAUAGGCAUGUGUGAACGGCGUUAGAAAGAGUUAUCUUCUCUUGGGUUGGUAUAUUUUUGAUACUUUGCUUUGCACAUUCUAAUGUGAUUCUAGGAAAUGUUCAUAUUCAGGAUGCCUCGCUAAAGCAGUUUCUACAUCUGUAAACCUAAGCUAAAGAGUUCCAAAGCAACAGAAAAUAACAAGUUCAGAAAUGGCCAAAAAUAUAAAAUGUUUGUUGAGAUUAACCAUCAAAAUCUAUGUAGGUUCCAUAUUGUCAGCCAACAAGCUUGGACUAAGAAAAGAAAGAAGCAUAAAGUGCUGUGUGGUGAGUGUUAACAAAGCAAGGGUUAGUUCCCGCGAUAAUAAACCAAAGUUGUUAAGUCUGUUGUUUUAAUUCUUCUUGCAGCUGUGUGCAGUUGUGUAUUUGUAUUUUUUUAAAAAUCUGUGUGGAUUUCUGCAGUUUUUAAAAGGUUGUGAACCACAUUUUUUUGUUUUCCAGUUGUAGUUGUGAUUUUAGAGCAAUUUAGUUUCAGUAAGAAAAGUGUUUUGGAACCCUAGUGC